UAUUUUUAUCAUCAUCAUCAUCAUUACCAUUCGUUGGCAUCGAAAAUCAUUCAUUUUCUUUUUUUUGUUCAUUAAAUUUUUUCAAUCAUCAACAAAUAUCAUGAAUGAAAACGAACAAAAUACUAAUCAUCUUCAAUGGCUCGAUUAUCUUGUAUUUAUUACAAUGUUAUUGAUCUCAUUAUGCAUCGGGGUUUAUCAUCGUAUGACUGGUGGACGGCAAAAAACUACUGCGGAAUAUCUUUUGGCUGAUAAAUCGAUGGGAGUAUUGCCAGUAUCAUUUUCAUUAAUGGCUAGUUUUAUGUCGGCAAUUACACUAUUGGGCGUUAGUGCCGAAGUUUAUUUUUAUGGCGCUCAAUUUAUACUUAUUAACAUAUCAUAUAUAAUUGGUUCACCGAUUGCUGCUUAUGUCUUCCUACCAAUAUUUUAUAAGCUUAAAUUGACCAGUGUUUAUGAGUAUCUAGAAUUACGAUUCAAUCGUUCGAUACGAAUAUUAGUUUCUGUCAUUUUUAUUUUGCAGAUGAUAUUCUACAAUGCGAUUGUUCUAUAUGCACCAGCAUUAGCAUUAAGUGCUGUCACCGGUGUCAAUCGUUGGACAUCAAUUUUUUCGGUCGGUAUCGUUUGUACUAUUUAUUGUACGAUUGGUGGAAUGAAAGCCGUACUUUGGACUGAUGUUUUUCAAUCAUUUCUAAUGUUUUUCUCGAUGGUCACCAUCAUAAUAAAAGGAACCAUCGAUGUUGGUGGUUGGAACGUCGUGUUUGAACGUGCAAUGAAUGGAUCACGUCUUGAAUUUAAUAACUUCAAUCCAGAUUUUACCGAACGACAUACAGUAUGGGGCUUAGUAUUUGGUUCAAUUUUCAUCUAUAUAUCAAUCUAUGGUGUCAAUCAGGCCCAAAUUCAACGAUUAAUGACGGUAAAGAAUCUUCAAAAAUCUCAGCAAGCAUUGUUCAUUAGUUUACCAUUAACAUCGAUGAUCAGUUUGGUUACCGCACUCACCGGUCUUGUGAUGUAUGCUAAUUUUUACCAAGAAGAUCCACUAAAAUGUGGCUACAUUAAAAAACCUGAUCAAUUACUUCCAUAUUAUGCUGUUAAUCGUUUAUCAGAAUAUCCAGGCCUUCCUGGAUUUAUUAUUGCCGGUAUAUUUUCCGGUUCAUUAUCUACGGUAUCAUCAUUUGUUAAUUCAUUAUCGGCUGUCACUCUUGAAGAUUAUUUGAAACCAGUGUUUAAACGAGAUGAAAUCUUCACUAAAAAUGAAGUUAUCAUUACCAAGUUAUUGGCACUAUUCUAUGGAAUAUUAUGUGUAAUGCUGACCAUUUUAGCUGAUCAAAUGACCGGUUUAUUACAAGCAUCGUUGACAUUGUUCGGCGUGGUAGGGGGACCAUUGUUAAUGAUUUUUACUGCUGGUAUCUGUUUCCGCUCGAUAAAUUCUAACGGUGCUGCCACCGGAUUUAUCGUUAGCCUAAUAUUCGGUUUAUGGAUUGGAUUUGGUAGUAUGUUGUUUGGAAAACGACCCGAACGAUUGCCGUUAUCUACUGAGCUUUGUUCCGAUAGCCAGUUGGGUAACUCUACAACUAUUCCAUAUUUUAAGCCAAAAAAUAUCCCAUAUGAACCAUCAACAUUAUUUUUCUAUAAUAUUUCCUAUCUUUGGUCAGCUGGUUUUUGUUGGGUUUUAGGGUUGAUUGUAGCCAUUGUUGUUAGCUGGUGGACAAAAGAUUCGUCCAUUGAUGAUGAUAAUAAAGAGCGAAAACAAAUACAACAAUCUCUACUUCAUCCCUUAGUUCGUCGACGGCCUAAUAUUGAUCAAUUAUCAUGCCAGCCAAUAAUGAAUGACAUCCGGAUGAGUACGAUUGAAAAGAAAAGUUUGCCAAAUGUUGAACAUGUUCCCAAUGGAAUUAUGUAUUAAAAGUUAUUUGAUAAUUAUUAACAUUCCUUUCUAUCUUUCAACAUAUUUAUCAAGAUAAUUAUAUUUUGUU